AUGAAGAGAGUUAGUUGGUCAACUAUAUUGAUCGUGACGAUGAUUGUGGCGUUGCUGGUGAUAGAACAAGUGGUGGUUCCGGCCGCGGCGGGGAGGGUUCUACCGGAGGAGACGGUGAGGAUGGAGAAGGUCAAGUCAACGGUGGAUUCGUGGUUUCAGCGUUUGGCGUCGGGUCCGAGUGCAAGAGGCCGUGGCCAUUAA